UGGUGAGCGCCUCUGCUGGCCUGCGAAAUGGGCUCGACUCCCUAGCCUUGAUUUCUUCAAUUGUUCCUCCGUAUAUCAACUUUUUUUUUAAUUAAGAAACGCCUGUUCGCGAUGACAUUUGGAGGAGAAUUGGCAGACGAGGUCAGCCAGGUGAUUUCACAACUGGUUGCUGUGCGGGAUGACUGGCUUGCAAGUUUCAGUUCCUGUGCCGUACAGUAAAGCCACUUGCUUGGUCAGAGGAUUGCAAUGAAACAAGCUCAGGAGCGGAACCAGGAGAGCCUGCCUCCUAAGAAGAGGGACCUCCUAGUUAGUAACAGCAGUGGAGCUGGAGGGACAAUAGGAGUUGGGGCUGCUGGAGGAGGAGGAGGGGGUGGUGGAGGCAGCAGUAGUGCUGGUGGCAGUAGUGCUGGUGGUGGUAUUGGAGAAGAUGAAGUGGUGUCCACCCAGAACUCUGCAGCCAACAGUGACACUCAGGGCGGGACCUUAUCUGGAGAGUGGCUGCGCGCUCAGCCAGGGCUUCAUUAUGGAGUGGAUAAUUCUGAUAGCAUUCCAGCAGUGCCAGUUGACCAGUACGGUAUGCUCUACAAAGUGGCUCUUCCAUCUGUUACCUACUCGCCUACUAGUCUUCACCCAGUAUUAAGCCACAUCUCUCCCGCCUACACUGUACACUCUUCUCUCCUGCAGCAUCCAGGCCUUUCCUAUCCUCCUCUUGGGUAUGCCCAGAUCCCUCAUUCCUCUCUCCAAUUUGUUAGUUCCCCUUAUGCAGCGCUACCUUACGCUCUAACACCUGGCUUUGUCCCGGGAUCGUUAAUCUCUCCCUCAGGCACCAUUCCUCAGCCCCAUGCAGUUUCCCACCUUGUUCAAUAUCCAUCGGUCAUACAGGAAGGUGUUGUUUCCCCACCUCCUCAGGCCCAGGUAGCGGCUCAUACCUUUGCCAAAGUUGCAGUAUCCAGCGGUGUCCCGCUGAUGCUGCCUUCAGAGCAAGCUGCCCAGCAGCACCUUGGUACACUAGGAGUCAUGCCCGCAACAGAGCUCAGCUCUCGAGGGUUGUCUGUCUUCUAUCACCCUCAGGGCGCCAGGGCUGCCUCCAGAGACCCACACAGUGCUCAGCAAGAGAAUGAACCAGAGAUGAAUGGAGGCGAUAAAGAGCAGGGAGCUAGGGAGGUUGUACUUGAUUCAGCCUAUGCUGCCAGAAAUACACGUCUGCUACAGGUAGCAUCCAACUGUGCAGCCCAUGAGUAUAGCCAAGAAGGAGGCCUGCUGAACCGAAGGCUGGAAGAGAGGAGCUCACCUGGCCAGCGCAGCACUCCAGACAGCGACCUGGAGGUGCAGCAUGUGGUUGGUCGUUUGGCUUCCUCUAGCCAAGGUGGAGUGCGGAAAGAGGUGUCCUUUGCUCCCUUGAACCUCUCUCAGGGGGCCCACAGAACCAGAGAUGUCCAUGAAGAGUCCGGCCGGACUGCAUACACGGCCCAGACUGUAAGUUACAAUGAUCCCAGAAUGUCCGGUCUCCAGCAGCAAACCCUACAACCAGGCCAUGCCGUCAUGCUUGCCAAUGGGCAACCAGUUCUUGUUCCUUUGGAGUAUCACGUGCAGCAUCAGCCGCAACCACCACAGCAACACUACCCAGGACAGGCUAAUGAUGCCUCAGCCAGCCAUGCUUCUACCACCAUGGCCUCCCCUAACCCAAGCUUUAAAGCCUCUGACUCUUCAGCCAGAGUGUGCCUCCUUGAAAGGGUAGAGUUGACCACAGCUCAGCAGCAGCUCCCCCAGCAGCCUCCUCUCCAGCCUACAGCAGAUGUGACACAGGCCUUAGCUUCAAGCCUCGCUCCGGCAUCAGGUCCCUCCAACCCGUCACACUUCAUGAAGGGAGCCAUUAUCCAGCUGGCCACUGGGGAACUGAAGCGUGUGGAGGAUCUGCAGACUCAGGACUUUGUGCGGAGCGCUGAGGUGAGUGGCGGGCUUAAGAUUGACUCCAGCAUGGUGGUGGACAUCCGUGCCAGCCAGCAAAGACCAGGCCUCGUGUCGCUUCACUUCACUGUGGGGGAGCAGCAGAGCAAAGUGACCAUCGAUGUGCCCCCGGAGCACCCGUUUUUUGUGUUUGGGCAGGGCUGGUCGUCCUGCAGCCCUGAGCGCACAGCCCAGCUCUACGGCUUGGCCUGCCAUCAUCUGCAAGUAGGAGAUGUGUGUGUGUCCAUCACCCUGCAGCAGCAGCUUCCGCCACAGCAGCAGAAACAACCACAGCACCAUCAUUCACAGCAGCAGCAGCAGCAACAACAACAGCAGAACCUGUCCAGGACUUUGAGCAAAACCAACGCUACACCAGGACCUGGACACCAGCUCAUGGGGCCCCCUGCCCCUCAGCAGUCACGGCCCCAGUCUCAUUUCAGGCUAGACCGCAUCCACAGAGAGAGACAGAGGGAUGGGGAAAAAGAUGCGGUCGAUAAGGAAGAAGCCACACAUUUUGGGGUUGUUGGGCACACUGAGACACCCAUCAGACAAAGUAGGACCUCAGCAGAGCAUCCAAGAAGCCAGAGCAGUUACCACUUGCACACGGAGGGCUCUGCUUUUGCGGGACCAGGGAUGGGAGCAAUGCAGGCUGCGCUAGGUGCUUCUCAGAGGCGCUGGUCCUCACCUGGCCUCCAAAGAUACAGUAUGAAGGGAGAUGAAGGGCCGCACCCUCAAUUAAGCACCUCCAGCCACGCAAGGCCCUCCUUCAUCACCCAGGAGGUCAAACUGUCCAUUGAGGGGCGCUCUAAUGCAGGGAAGUAGCAUCACAUUUGGUAGCAAGUAUAGAAUAGAUUGCCACGAGUAAAAAUGAUUCUGACAAGGAGAGAAAGAGGGGAAAAAAAGAGUGUGAAUGUAGCCUCAGAAUGUAUGAGAUUUUGCACACCUAAAAUAUACUUAGUCUAUCUGGUGAGCAGUUUUGGUUUGGUUGUCACUCAGCCAAAGAAUACAAGCCUUUGGUUUCACAACCAGCUGAGGUCAGACAGGAACAGCUGAGUAGAAAGUAUGUAGCGGAUGAAAUGCCUACAAUAGUCCUUGCACACUGCAUUUCUCUUCCUCCCUUCCUCCUUUGUCGCCACUUCCUCAUACCUAUGCUUGGAGGUUACCAUCACACUCAGAACACUCUUGCUUCCUUUUUGACCAAACCAUCUUAUUGAAGACCAAUGACUGCGAAGAAUGUGUUUGUAGCACAGUGAAGCUACCAACUCUGCAGGUUCUGAUGUAUUUAAAAGAUCCCUGACAGUGGUCUUUUAUCCCCUCCAAUCCUAAGAUCCUGUUUCUUUCAAAAGCAUUUACCCCAAAAAAAAAGAGUGGAGUUGCUGUCAGUGGCGACGUUGGCACUGUUGGCGCUAACUGUUGACGUAUGUUACAUUAUGCUUCUGUGGCAGGAGUCUUCUGCUGUCAGCAGAGAUACUCUCCCCUCCUCCCUUUUCAGCAGGCCGGUCUGCGAAGAAUAGGAUCCUCUCUCAGGCCAGGUGCGGCGCGUCCCACUUUAACAAUCAAAAUAGUGAUAAAUCAAUCAGUGUGUCUGUUCAGCAAUCAGUUUUUGCUCAAAAAAUGGCUCAUGCCCUUCGGUUUAGGGUGAGGGCCCUAACAUGUGUGUGAGUGUGUUUGCAUACACGGUUGGAAUAAGGCUUUGUUCUCUAUGAUAACGAGAGACAUUGCAUUCCAGUAUCAUCAGUGGGAAUAUCUCUUAGUGUUUAAUUUUUUCUCCUUUACCCACUUCCUCCUGAGCGACACCCUCCCUCCUCCUCGCUAUACCUCAAAGCUUCCCCGACCAGACCGGUGACUUUUAAUGCAAUUUUAAAUGAUUUAAUCAACGGAGGAGGCUCUGGCUGGUCGUCCUCAUCAGAGCUACCUGUGGGAAUGAGACGGCACCCGGUCACAUCAGCGGCUGCAGGCCUAUUUAGCCUAAAACCCCAGAGGAGCGGAACGGCCUUGUUGUUUGUCUUGUAGAGAGAGAGCCGGCAUGCGAGUGAGUCAGUGACCAGGUGUUCUCUUUGUCCUUGUUACUUUCUGCUCAUUCACCAAAUUAAAGCAAUAGUUGUUUUCACAGCAUGCGGCUGUACUGCUCUCCCCCAGGAGUCUCUCGUCGGCUGUUUUUAUAUCUCUGAGGUAUGAGAUCUGACCCUCUUUUGACCCUGACCUUUAAAGGUGGUGCACUAUUUUGGUGUUUAUUUCAUUAAUUCUUCAGUAUUUUUACACAAGCAAUGCAUGAUACAUUUUUCAAGAAAUAUAUGUAAAUUAAGCCGUUUCUCUUUGAUCAUCCAUCACACUGAUGAUAUUUUAUCUUUUACUCAAGUGCAUCUCCAAGAAAGGCUUGACUCUAAUUCCGUUGUGAUCAUUAUCAAGUCAUCUUCUUUCUUUUGUUUUACUGUGUACAAUCCUAUGCUUUUGUACUAGGAUAUACUUUAUCCAGUGGAUCUUUUGAUUGUCUUGUGUUGCACAUAGAAAAAUGUCAUUGAUUUCACACUGACUGAAUCACAGGACAGUAGAUGUGUUUUUUUUUAUGAAGGGACUAUGUUUGAAGUGUUUUGUGAUGAGAGAGAGAAAGAGAGAAAAAAAUCUGACUUGCAUUUUUAACCCUGUUUACAAAUUAGCCAAGAUGAAUGCUGCAGUUUUGUCCUAACAGGUUUUCAUCUGGGUUACUGAAAAUAAGAAAUCAAAAGGGUAAAAUUGAAAAUAAGUGCAAUUAGACCACACAUAAAAUCAUUCAGAGGUUUAUAAUCCGACUACAUUCCUUAAGCAGACAUUCCCAUUGAAAUGUGUAAAUUACACAGCACCAGUUAAA